AUGUAUGCUUUAUUCAAUUUCACAACUCAUGCCUCGCAGGACUUAUAUGUUACUUUAUUAACAGUACAAUAUGAUAUGAGUUUAGAUAUUAAAACAGUGGUUAUUGUGUUGCAAGGAAUUGCUGCAGUUAUUGGAGGCUUAAUUUGUGGUCCUUGUUCAGAGCUUGUUGGCCGUAGAUUUAUGAUAAUAUUGUGUCUGGUUUGGAAUGGUGCUUUUGUUUAUCCAGCAUUUUAUCAUGCUGAUAAAUGGUGGCCAUUUUCGGUUGUUUUAGCUGGUGGUGUUAUGGGUUGUUGGGGUAUCUCAUCUGUUUAUUUACUUGAAAUGACGAAUAAAGCAAAUAGAACCUUGGUAGCUGGAUUAGCAUAUCAAUUAGGUAACUUAGCAUCAUCUGCUUCAGCAACAAUAGAAGCUAAAAUUGGUGAAAAAUUCCCACUUCCAGGACGUCCAGGAGUGCACGAUUACAGUAAAGUCAUGUGUAUAUUCUGUGGUGCUGUCUUUAUAGCAAUGAUUAUAUGUGUCACUUUAGGACCUGAAAGGUUUCAUGCUAAUGAGGCUAUUGAAGAGGAUGAUUAUGAUGAAGAGGAAGAUAUGACACUUGAAGAAAGCCAACAUGCUCAAGAGCUUUCAGAUGAAAAGGAAAAACGUAUUUAG